CUAGGUUAUAGAUAUCUAGCCAGAUCUAGUUCGUUUUGGUACCAUUUGGCUAAAUUAAUGCCCAUAUUGUGUAGCCUACUUUACGCAGCUCUGUAAACAAUUCGCAAAAAUACUUUUGAUUAUUUUAAAUUCGUAAUCAAUUGUAUUUUACGGACCUAUGCACUUUUACUCAUUUUGAAUCAUGGGAAUGUUAGAAACAAGAUGGCGCGUGUAAACUACCCAUGAUUCGGAGGGCUUGAUUGCUGGACUUUUUGGUCGUCAUCUAUCUAGAUGUCUAGUGAUGAUUGAAAUUGAAAAGUCCAAGCACUGAAAUAGGGCAGUGCUGUCUCAUUGAUGGAGAACCAGCAAACAAAAACAACACAAAUUCAGUGAGAGUUAAGCACUGCCCAGCAGUCAUCUGUAGAUUGUCAUGGCGCAAAUAAAAACUUAUGCCCGCCUCAAACCUUCCAAGAGACCCUACCCAGGCUAUGAGAUUGCUAACAACGUCUUAACAGUUCACAUCCCAGACAGCAAGGAUUUUCUUAUCCAAGGAUACCAGCAGCCUAUACGCAGCAACAUCAGUUAUGACAUCAUCUUUACAGAUAUCUUCAGGCCAGAAGCCACUCAAGAGGAUGUUUUUGAGGGGGUUGCUAAAGAUAUCAUUCAGAAUUUUCUCAAUGGCUACAAUGGAACAAUAUUUGCUUAUGGUCAGACUGGGACAGGCAAAACAUAUACUGUGGAGGGUAACUCAAAUGGAUAUAAUGCAAGAGGCCUUGCUACUCGAGCCCUGAGCUUGAUAUACCAACAGUUGUCAAAGCGUACAGAUGAACAUAUUUCUGUGUAUAUUUCUUACUUGGAAAUAUAUCAAGAAGUGGCAUAUGACUUGCUCAAUGCUGCUAGUAGGUCUUCUUCUUUGCCCAUGGCUCCAUUGGCCAAGUCUAUUAGGGAGGUGACUGUGGUGGAGGGUCCCAGGGGUUCUUGUAUCCUGAGAGGGCUUUCCCUACACCUAGCUGCCAAUGAAGAAAUAGCGCAAAUGCUCCUCUACCAAGGUCAAGCCAAUCGGAAGGUAGCUGAAACUCCGGUCAACCAGCGCUCAUCAAGAUCACAUGCAGUAUUCACUGUGUAUCUGCAAGUGAGAAAGCAUGAGUCUGAAGUUCUUGUUAACUCGAAACUCCAUUUGGUUGAUCUGGCUGGUUCCGAGCGAGUGUCAAAAACUGGCGUUGAUGGGCAGCAGCUGACUGAAGCCAAGUCCAUUAAUUUAUCCCUGCAUCAUCUUGAAACUGUUAUCAUUGCUCUACAAUCUGACAGAACCAAUACCCCAAGUAACACCACUGCUGGAGAUAAAAGUAAGGGAGACAAUCUGCCCACUGCUAGCCGAAGUACUUCAUUUACAUCAGGUCCAUCAAGCGAAGGAAACAGGCCAGUUAAGUUUGUCCCCUAUAGAAAUUCUUUGCUCACCAUGGUCCUGAAGGAUUCUUUAGGUGGCAAUUGUUUGACAGCCAUGAUUGCUACAAUCUCUUUGGAGCCGGAGAAUUUGGGAGAGUCAAUAUCAACAUGUCGCUUUGCCCAGCGUGUGGCUCGUAUUGCCAAUAAUGCAAGGAGAAAUGAAGAAAUUGAUGAUAAAACUUUAAUCAGGAGACUGAAACACAAAGUAGCAGACUUAGAAAAUCAAGUGGCAUUCUUAAGAUCAAAGGGAAAGCCUGAGCCUAUAUCUAACAAUUAUCUUUUGGGUUCACUUACUGAGGAAGAUCGUGUUGUCUGUGCAAAAAUAAUGGAAGGAUUCCUACAAGGAGAAAUCCCUGACCCAGUUGAUGCUGGUAUUUGUGACCAUUGCCGUUUCCGUGAGUGUCUGCACCUGUUGAAACACCAGUGCCUUCAGAUUGGCAAUGUGGUCUGGCCACCAAAGCUGCCAACCCAGCAAGCCCAGCCUGGCAGGCAGUCUCCAGCUGACCGGGCUGAAGCUGUGCUGCCCAACAACCCCAACAGGGACAGUGGUGACCAUGUCAUGAACACAACUUCUCAAGGGACAUCACCCACAGCUCCAACAAAUAUAGUGUUACCAGGCUCCACAUCACUCAAAAACUCAUGUGAAGCUCCUCAUCAGUCCCCCUCUGAGGCCACCAUCCACUCAUCUGAUGACUACUUGCUGGACAAUCAAGAAAUUGGUCAAGCAGAAGGCGGAAUAUUCCUAGGAAUGAACAAAGGUGGCUGCUCAACCCUUGCCUGUGCCAAGGGAGAGAAAUCCUAUGAAUGGAAGAAUGAUGUGGAUGUUACGAAAAGCGUGAAAAGAGUCGUCAAGCCAGGAGAGGAACAACUAUCUAAACUUGAUCCCCAGGAUCUUAUAAAACUGGACCCGCUGAUCAAAGAGCUGGCCAUAACACACAACAAUAUAAAGUUAAAACUGUUGGUGGCUGAACGAGAACUUGACGCUCAGCAUGUGUACCUAACAGAGCUACGACUCAGACAGGCUGACCCAGAAGUGAUUGCUAAACAAACACUUGUGGAAAAGCAUCUACUCAAGAGACAGGAGAAAUUACGAAAUAAGCUGACAAAUGUAUUAAUUCAGAAGAACAAACUGGAAGUCUUGCGCAGGGAAAGUGGCCUGUGUUGCCCAGUUAGUGGCACGUCCUCAAGAGUGUCAGUGGAAGAGUUCUCUGCUGGUACCAAGCAGACCAUAGGCCCAGCAAAUAGCAAGCAAGUGUAUGAAUGUCUCAGAAAUGAGAAUAAAACCAACAAGGAUGCUAAAGCAGAAAUGAAUUCUAGCCUAGAGGUGCCUUUCAUCAAAGAGAUAGAUAAAAUGGAAAGUAACCAGUCCUCCUUGUAUCAUCCAAUGAGGCUAAACUAUGACUGCGAGACUGAUUCUUUCCUUCACCCAGUUGCAGAGGAUAGGAAUGGGUCAAGGUCAAGAGAUGUGGUGUUUUCCUCUGCCAGUGAUGUUGAUGCAUCAGAGAUGCAUGUCAAACGGCUUCAGGAGUACUUGGACCAGGUUCUUAAUGUAACCUUCAUUGACAAGCUUGCUUCCGACAGACAUUGUGAUGGGAGGCCUAAUAGGAGCUAUUACGUCACUGGACAGAGUCAGACUUCAAACAAUCCUUUGUGCAAUGCUGCAGGUACACAGGACAACAACAUUUCUCCUGGCUAUGAUGGGGUGAUGCCCACAGAGGUUAAAUCUUUGCAUGACCCUCGACACAGCCAUAAAUUUGCCAUGGAUGACAGGCCGUACGAGUCCAGCUCCCUGGUUACACCGGAAAAAAACAACAUUGAGACACUGUACAGUAUUAGGAACCUCAACAACAGCACAGAUGCUUGGAGUGUCAGUAGCAAGAGCUCCAAAAGUGGGAGCAAAAAGUACUCCAGCAAAAGCCGAGACAGCUCUACAAAGAACUAUAACAAUUCCAACAACUGUAACUUCCAGCCUUUGCCAAGCUUACCCAGCUAUUUACAAAUAUGUGUUAACAGAUCACUUCUCAAUCCAUUUUCUAGUCUUGAAUUUAAUAUCAAAGCUUUUCCUUCUAGUGCUGAAGUAUUUCCGGAGUCACUUUGUCUUCAACAAUCUCUGAUCUGUCCCUCACCUCAACAGAGAGGUGAAGAGUUAGCCCAAAAUAAAGUUAUCAAAAAGCUGUUCCCAACUCAGACUGCUGAAACAUUGCAUCUCAACUCUAUAAAAGGUAAUCAUCAAACUAAUUCAAGAAACAGAUUUCAUGAUUUCUCUAGACAACUCUCUCCUUGCUUGUACAUCUGCUCUAAGACAGAUGCUGAAAAGUUACACAAGAUAAGACAUCUGUUGGCCAGUCUGACUUUAGACUCCUACCCACAGUUAAUGCUGAACUACACGAACAGCAUUAGAUUGGAGGUAAAUGUGGUUUCUAAAGCAUGCGAAGGAAUAACUUUUUUGCUGUUGAGUGAUGCAAGGUCUAAAUUUAUUGAACUUGGCAAGUCUAGAACUGAAGAUUGUUCGUCUGGCUAUUUUUUAUCAGAAACCAAAUUUCCAUUGAGGAAAACUUGUGACAACAAAGAUGUUCCAAGUGACAGAAGUCCACUGCUGAAGGGUGAACACUCACAUUUCAGACACAUUUCCGUAAGUCCAUGUCCCAUCACUGGAUCUUUAAAAGCCCAUCUCAUGUUUUUUGCCAGUGAGAACUCUGUACCACAGCAUGAGGACAGCCAUUUGAAGUUCACACUGGCAGAAGAGAGAAGGGUGAAAAGAACAGUGGGGCAAGCGGCGCAGACCAUUCAGAGACAGUGGCGCAAGUUUCGUUUCCGGCAAUAGUACCCAUAGACAAGGAAAACUUCCGAAUGGAGCUACUAACAUAACAAGUCAGAUGACCACUUCUCCUUACUGUGAAAUGAAAGGACUAGAAAAAAAAGUGUAACACAAAUAGACACUAAUUUGAAAUGGCCUACUCGUUCCAAUGUUGGUCGCUAUUUCAUGUUUUAUUUUUUGCUUGUAACCUAUACCAUUGUCACGGCAAGGUGCUAUGAUGUCAUUGAUUUGUCUAAUUUCAGAGAAUUAGUGGAGACAUUUACUUAAACUGUGGUGGGCCUAAAGAGCUUUGUUUUGUCAGCAAGUAAACAAAAGAUAUAUAAUUGUUCUCACAUAACUUUUGUUCAUGUUUUUCCCCUCUGCUUAACUUUACUGCAAGACUUCAAUUGUGUUUAUCUCUAUGGCUAGACUAAAGCAGGCAUUGUAUUGCCAGGAACUUCAAUAUUUUUUUUAGUGGCAAUUUCUCAAUAUAUGUUGCCAUUUUACAAAUUAUAUUUUGUUAGUAGACUACCACACUGCCCUUGGACUCUUUUUUUUUUUUAGAGCAUACUUUACCAACUGUUUGAUGAUGUUAAAUAUUAUGUUCUUAUACUUUGUAUAUAAAAUCUCAAAUGUUAAAAAGUUACCAAAUGAUCUAAGACCAAAAAUAAUUCAGUAGCAGCUGCCAUGUUGUACCCUUAACACAGUAGUCUUUAAAUGAACUUGGAAUGAAUAUUCUACUAUUUAAUCCUAGUCUUAGUUUAAAUUAUAGAACAAUUACUUUCUUUUUACAAUAUUUGUCUGGGAAAUAAAAUAUUUUUGAAGCAUUUAAAAUAUUUUUCUAGAUAGAUGAUCUCUUUUAUUAAAUUUUUUUAUUUAUGCUAGUUACUGAAGUCAGUCAUCUGUUUAUUUCUUUUGUCAUGGAAUUCAAGAAAAAUAAAUUAGGGUAAUCAAAUAUUUGAAA